AUGCCUGUUUGCGCGAUCAGUUGUGACAAAUUUGGCCGUCGUCCGGUUCUCUUUGUUGGCGCCUUCGUUCUUUUAGUCGGAGUUGCACUACAAGCCGCGGCACAGAACGUCGGAAUGUUCAUUGCUGCCCGAGGAAUCAUUGGCAUGGGCCUCGUGCUAAACAUUACUGCAGCACCGCUCCUCCUCCUGGAAUUGGCCUUUCCUAGACAACAGGGGCCACAGGUGGCCAUAUACAACAGCCUGUGGAACCUGGGUGCUUUGGUUGCCGCGUGGGUCACCUAUGGCACGUUUCGCAUCAAUAGCACAUGGGCAUGGAGACUUCCUUCGCUCCUCCAAGGCCUCUCCAGUGUGUUACAAAUCGAACUUUGCUUCUUAAUUGAAGAGUCACCCCGAUGGCUUAUUAGCAAAGAGCGGGAUGAUGAGGCAAGAAAACUCAUUUGUAAGUAUCAUUCUAAUGGGGACGAUUCCGAUCCUCUAGUUACACUAGAGAUGGAGGAGAUCCGCGUUGCUCUUCAACUCGAGAUGGAGGCGAGACGCACCACCUCGUACAUGACCUUUUUCCAAAGCAAAGGUAACAUUAGACGAUUCUUCAUUAUUCUUUCUGUGGGUUUCUUCUCACAAUGGAGCGGUAAUGGUCUGAUCUCAUAUUACCUCACACUGAUUCUCGACUCGAUUGGCUACAAAUCGGAGAGCACCCAAACCCUUAUCAAUGCACUACUCACUCUGUGGUCAAUGAUUUGGAGCUUGGUAUUCGCUGCUGUGAUGAAUCGAUUUGGUCGGCGCACUCUCUUUCUUAUCUCCACCGCGGGCAUCCUGGCCGUCUAUAUUGUGUGGACAGCGCUCGAAGCUGUGUAUGAGAGAGGGGCGGCGCUGGAUGGAACUAGAGGUGACGAACGCUACGCAAAGGGCGUUCUGGCCAUGAUAUUUCUGUAUAAUUUCUUUUACUCCGUUGGCUGGACGCCUCUGCAAGCUACGUACUGCAUUGAAAUCUUACCCUUCGACUUGCGUGCUCGAGGUCUCGUUUUGUAUAACCUCUUCGUGGCACUUGCUGGUAUCUUCAACCAGUACGUGAAUCCAAUCGGUGUGACGAACAGCAAGUGGAAAUUUUACAUUACCUACAAUGUAUGGCUGGCAUUUGAGCUUGUGGUAGUUUACUUCCUCUUUGUGGAGACUGGCAGUCUCAGUCUGGAAGAAACAGCCGUCAUUUUGGAUGGAAAGGAGUACGGAAACAAGUUGAUUGGAACUGCUGCGUCUAAAGCCGAGGAGAAAAUUGGCGAGACAGCAAAAUUGCAAGCAAUUGCUAAGAGUGAGGAGAUAGUGCCGGAGAAGUUAUAG